AUGGCGAUGAACCUGAGAACCUCUACCCGGGCCAUUGGCUCCUUCAAGCCCUUGGCCCGCGCCGCCCUCGGCGGCGCCCGCUCCUAUGCCACCGAGCCCGACCUCAAGGCCACCCUCAGGGAGGUGAUUCCCGAGAAGCGCGAGCUGCUCAAAAAGGUGCGCGCCCACGGCGACAAGGUCAUUGGCGAAGUCAAGGUCGAGAAUACGCUCGGCGGCAUGCGCGGCCUCAAGGCCAUGGUCUGGGAGGGCUCCGUCCUCGACGCCAACGAGGGCAUCCGCUUCCACGGCCGCACCAUCAAGGAGUGCCAGCGCGAGCUGCCCAAGGGCACCACCGGCACUGAGAUGCUGCCCGAGGCCAUGUUCUGGCUGCUCCUCACCGGUAAGGUGCCUUCGGUUGGCCAGGUCCGCGCCUUUUCCCGCGAGCUCGCCGAAAAGGCCGCCAUCCCCGCCUUCGUCUCCAAGAUGCUCGAUGACUUCCCCCGCGACCUCCACCCCAUGACCCAGUUCGCCAUUGCUGUUUCGGCGCUCAACUACGAGAGCAAGUUUGCCAAGGCCUAUGAAAAGGGCCUCAACAAGGCCGACUACUGGGAGCCCACCUUUGACGACAGCAUCUCCCUGCUCGCCAAGCUGCCCACCAUUGCGGCCAAGAUUUACCAAAACGCCUACAAGGGCGGCGGCGCCCUCCCCGCCGAGGUCGACGUCAACCAGGACUGGUCCUACAACUAUGCUGCCCUCCUCGGCAAGGGCGGCAAGGAGAAUGAGAACUUCCAGGACCUCCUCCGUCUCUACCUCGCCCUUCACGGUGACCACGAGGGCGGCAACGUCUCUGCCCACGCCACCCAUCUCGUCGGUAGCGCUCUCAGCGAUCCUUUCCUCUCCUACAGUGCCGGUCUGCAGGGUCUUGCCGGCCCUCUUCACGGUCUCGCCGCCCAGGAAGUCCUCCGCUGGAUCCUCCAGAUGAAGGACAACAUCCCCGCCUCGCAUACGGAAAAGGACGUCGAGGACUACCUCUGGUCGACCCUCAACUCGGGUCGCGUCGUCCCCGGCUACGGCCACGCCGUGCUCCGCAAGCCUGAUCCGCGCUUCGAGGCGCUGAUGGACUACGCCGCCGCCCGUCCCGAGAUUGCCAACGACCCCGUCUUCCAGCUCGUCGAGAAGAACAGCCGCAUCGCGCCCGAGGUCCUCAAGAAGCACGGCAAGACCAAGAACCCCUACCCCAACGUCGACAGCAGCUCCGGCGUGCUCUUCCACCACUAUGGCUUCCACGAGACCCUCUACUACACGGCCACCUUUGGCGUCUCGCGCGGCCUCGGCCCGCUCGCCCAGCUCAUCUGGGACCGUGCCCUGGGCCUGCCCAUCGAGCGCCCCAAGAGCAUCAACCUCGCCGGACUCCUCAAGCAGGUCGAGGGCAACUAA